GACGAGAGGAAGCCAGGCCAAAGGUUUUGAAGAAAUAACUACUUUUCCUUGUUCGACUGGUGGGCAAAAUUGGGUCGAAGAUGGCCAAAGUCCGCCGAAUGACCCAUGCAGGCUCGUGGUACACGGACAACCCCUCAACCUUGAAUCAUCAACUAGAGAACUGGCUAUCAAAGGCUCCCGUAGUUCAAACACCAGCAAGAGCUAUCAUAGCACCGCAUGCUGGAUACUCGUACUGUGGAGCUUGUGGAGGCCAUGCCUACAAACAAGUGGACACAAGCAGAAUAAAGCGUGUAUUUAUCCUGGGGCCGUCUCAUCAUGCACGAAUCCCUGGUUGUUCUCUCACCACAACAGACAAAUAUCAGACCCCUCUCUUCGACCUGCCUAUAGACACCGAAGUAAAUGCAGAACUCUAUGCAACUGGGGCCUUUGACUAUAUGAGGUUAGAUGUGGAUGAAGAUGAACACAGUAUUGAAAUGCAUUUACCUUAUGUAGCAAAAAUUAUGGAAGGGCGACAAGGCAGUUUUAAGAUAGUUCCUAUAUUAGUGGGCUCACUAUCAACUGACAAAGAAACAAGCUAUGGUCGUAUUCUCAGUAAUUAUCUAGCAAAUCCAGAAAACUUCUUUGUCAUUUCCUCCGACUUCUGUCAUUGGGGACGGAGAUUCCACUACACAUUCUAUGACCGGAAGUAUGGAGAGAUCUGGAAAUCAAUCAAAGCUUUGGAUGAAAUGGGCAUGGAGAUCAUUGAGAGACUAGAUCCUGUGGGCUUUAGCAAAUAUCUAGGACAGUAUCAGAACACUAUAUGUGGGCGACAUCCCAUUGGGGUCUUAUUAAAUGCUGUCGAUGCAUUGCGGAAGAACGGUAACAAAGACAAGUUUUCUCUGAAGUUUGUGAAGUACGCGCAGUCCAGCCAGUGUUGCAGCAUGGAGGAUUCCUCAGUUAGCUAUGCAUCAGGUGCACUUGUCUUUCAGUGAUGUCAACCCAGUUCCUAGAUAAUACUGGCAAAUAUCAAAACUGUUCUUUCUCUCUUGCACCGUACAAAUAUUGUCCAUAAUACAAAAUUAGCAGCCCUUGAGUCUCAGUCUUGUCAGUCAAUGCAUUUUAAUUAAGUACAUACAGCUAAACAGCAUGUUGUUAAUACAAGCUGAUAGUGUCAACAGCAGGGUGAUGUCUCUUUGCAGUGUAACUUCUCAACUUGUUCAAGUGUGUCAGUCUUUUAGGUUAACAUGAAACUCAAUACAAAGUAAUUAAGAUUGUUUAUCUUCAGAUAAAUGUACUAAAAUAUCUAAAGGGGAACUGUUCCUCGAGACAUGAAUAACCUAACUGUGUUUAAGGCUAGAUAUGUCACCAAGCUGUUGUAUAAAACUGCGAGGUCACACAGGAAAAGAUCAUAAUUAUGUUUCUGGAACUAAUAUUGAUGUCAAAAGUAUUAGUAAAGGAGCAGCGUGUAUCAUAUCGAGGUGAUUUGUUAAGUCUCGGCUUCAAUAAUACUUUCUUGUGGCCAGUAAAACCAUAGAUGAGGCCAAAAACAUAGUGCAAAGCCAGUAUUGGCUGUUUAAGACUCCAAAUUUUUUCUUGAAGUUUUAGUCCUUGUGUUUUGAUUUAAGAAAACAUUGUUUUCAUAACCAUCCAAAAAUCUUGUUUUAACUUCCUCUCUUAUUCUUAAAUGAGUGUUGAUAUUUAAUUUAGCAAAACAGCCAUAUUCUUAUGACUGUCCGCCAUGAGCUUUUCACAUCCUGUGUAAAUGUUUUCAACACUGGUUGUAAGUGGGGUUCCUCUUGAAGGUACUUAUAUUUUUCAGUUUUUGAUUUUGAUUUGAAAGGAUGAAUGUUCAUAGUAUUGUUUUAGUUGGUGUGAACAUUUAUUAAACCAUGUGAGUGAGCAGCCUAUGGGAGAAAACAGUAAGAAACACUGCAUUGCUCUAGUGCCAAUUAAAUAUGCAUAAAUUAACGUUUCAAAAUUUUCAUUAGUUUCCAACCAAUCCCUUGUAUUAUUUCCCUGUUAUUUGUGAGAGAAUGAUGUUAUAUUUGUUACAGUUUGCAAUACAGCAUGAUAACUGAAACCACAUGUCCGUUUGUUCAUAAUGAUAUGAUUUUGCAUAAUAGCACCCUCCAUCUAACCAAGAUAUUGCGAGCUUCAUGAUGAUAACAACAAAUACAUGUACAAUAGUUCAGAAUUUGAUUGUGUAUGUACCUUCUGUACAGUGUAAGUUGACUGUCUGAGACAGAUAUGAUAAAAAUAUUCCACGUAAAUUAUGCUCUUUUUUUUUUUUACAUAAUAUACUGUCUGAUAAUCACAUUAUUCCAUAUAAUAUCUCCGUCAUUUUCAGCAUUAAGAUCACAAAGGACAGACAUUCACAGGUCAGCUCUUCCAUGUUACAUAUCUCAGGCUCCAGGAUCACAAAUCCAUCUUAAAUAGACAUGUCAAAAUUUCAAAUCACUUUAAAAUUGUUAUUUCUAAUGUAACAAGGGUCAAAAUAUUACUUGAUAAAGUAAAUUUUGGGCAUACUAUUGCACAACAAAUUUCAGCGAAAAUAACGGAAAGGAAUGUGUCAAAUUUAAUGAUUAAAAUUUUGACUUAAGUGGAAGAUUGCUUUGUGAUCCCGGGGCUUGGAGUUUUAGCAUGAGUAAUAGAUUCAAGUGCAUUUGAAGAACAAAAUUAAAUUCAUAAUAUAUGAAGGUGGGGUGUAGUUGAGGGAGGAUGGGGGGUAUGAGGUAGGUGUCCUAACUGGAUGAAUUGUAUGGAUGUUUUCAUCCAUUAACUGGUCCAGUGUCAACUCCUGUCAGAGAGAUAUACUAGACUUGCAGCGUAAACAUCAUUCAGACAAAUUAAUCUUUGAGGGUCGAUUUGGCCAAACUAACUUCCAACUGACUUUCCACUCUGUAUUUUCAAAUGUUUACGAUUGUAGUACUACUCAAAGAAUAAAAAAAACACUUGAGCCCUUAAAAACUGGACUCCAAGCAGUUCAACAUAUCAGCGUGUGGUAAAUAUUUUGAUUUCAGUUGAAGUUUAAGACUUUUUUUGAUUUUUCCAUAUUUAAUGUUCAUAUUGGGUACAGGCAUUUACGCUCAGCUGAUACUAGUGUAGAACAACAUAAGAACAUUCACUUGUGGGAUGCGUGCCUACAUAGAUGUAGCUUUCUUUUAAUGAUGUGUUAAGCCUAUGAUAAUGAAUGUCGUAAAAAGCUGUGUAUUCAACAAACACUUUAAUAAUAACUUAAACCUCUGAAUGUGUGUGCAGAGAAAUGUGAAGGUCAGUAGACAUUUCCACCUUGUUAAUGAUCUGUGUCAAACACCUUAUUGAGACAUUAUUGCAGUAACAUUGUGCAUGCUACUGAUGAUUUAUUAAUAAGAUCCUAUGCACAUUAAAUGGGACGUUAAUUUUUGUAUGGUUAGGUUACAUUUUGAGCAGAGGUACAUGUAUAUGUAAAGAUUAUCAAUUGAUGGAUAUGUUGUUCAGAAUUGUAACUUUAUACAUCUAUUGUGAUUCUAAGAUCUCACUUUGUGUCAUGUAAUGUAUGUAAUUUCUCCAAUCUUCCACAGUGAAGGGAAGAGCAUUUUAGUCAUUAACUCCUGGCCUUGUAUGGUGUGAUUUGCAAACCACUCUGAGGGAAUGGUUUGUGGUCAGUCUGUGGCUUGCCGAUGUCCGUGCAAUGUCAGUCAGGGUGAGGCUGUUAGUACACAGUCGCCAAGUAACCACUGGCACGUGUACUCAUGAAAACAUUCCCAUCUAGGUAGCUCUGAGAUCGGUUAGCCAUGUUCCCAGCUUCCACAUUAAUAUUUAUGAAAGCUAAGCUGUGAGGAAUAAAACACAUCUCAGAUCUAGCAUCUAGGAUACAUUGAGGGACAGACGUUCGGGUUUCACUAUGAAAGAGGAGUUACAUGUUAGUUAAAGUUAAUAUGGGCAAUUAUUCAUUUGUUUAUAUGAACUGCUAAUUUACGCCAUGCUUCAGAAUAUUUCAUGCACGGUAAAUGAUGGUGGUCAAACUUGUAAGUGGUUGAAACUGGACAGAGCCCUCAGGAGCUCACUUCUGAAAAAAAGCCGCUAAGACAAAAAAAGAAAAACUUCCACAGUUUGUGAAAUAAAAUGGCCAGACAGCUCUAGUCAGCUGUAUACAACACACACUACAUUGUACUGUUUGUUUUGAAUGAAUGUUGGAGAUCAACAAUAUGUGAAGUCGGUCUUCUAAAUGUAGCAAAACACAAUCAAAAGAAAACGUUUCUAAUGUUUACGGGUUGCAUUAUAGUAAUGCUGUACCUACCAGAACAAGGUGCAGGUAUGUUUAACGUGGGUUUUUUAAUUACACACUUCUCACUGUGUUGUGUAUGUCAAUUUGUUCAAACUUUCCAGAUUCUAUGGUCUUAAUAAACAAUGUAUAGGUGAAGCCCAGAAAAGUAGAUUAGUUUCAUAUAGAUAGUGUUUAAUUAUUAGCUUUUGCACUUUGUAAAUGUAUGUUAUAAGGUAUAUAUCCAAUGGUUUGUAUUAACAGUGGGAGAGGCAAGUCUGGAAUAAAGC